GAGAGGCGAGAGUCGUGGUGCGUCGAUUCGAUCCCACCGUCUCUCUCUCUCGACUCCGGUUGCUUCCGCCGCCGCCAGAAUCCACGGUCCUUUUCCAACUACCGCCUGAGGUGACGCCGCUCCCAGCAGGAGCUCCCCACCACUACAGCUGCGCCGGCGCCGGUACUCGUCACCUCCCCCGUCGACCGCACCGCCUGCAUCUUGGCCAAGAGAUGAUGGCUGUGACAAAUGGAGGAGUAGUCCAUGCAUCUUCUAGGGAACCCUUAUUUUCAUUCGGUGUGAUUGCUGAUGUCCAGUACGCCGAUAUUCCUGAUGGUCGCUCAUUCCUUGGCGUCCCGCGCUACUACCGUCACAGCAUCAGCGUCCUCCAAAGGGCUGUCAAUAGUUGGAACAAACAACAGAACAUCAAGUUUUCAAUCAACUUUGGUGAUAUCAUUGAUGGAUAUUGCCCGAAGGACAAAUCGUUGUGGGCGGUGCAGAAGGUCCUUGAUGAAUUUGAGAAAUUUGAUGGCCCAACUUACCACAUGUUUGGGAACCAUUGCCUCUAUAACCUUCCUCGCAGCAAGCUAGUAUCGUUACUGAAGAUGCCAACCAAUUCUGAUCGCGCUUACUAUGACUUCUCUCCAUGUCCUGAGUACAGAUUUGUUGUCCUGGACGCUUAUGACUUCAGUGCACUUGGCUGGCCUCGUGACCAUCCAGUGACUGCCGAAGCAAUGAAGUUCCUGGAUGAAAAGAACCCAAACACUGACAAGAACAGCCCUGAUGGUCUGGUUGGCGUGGACCGGCGGUUUGUGAUGUUCAAUGGUGCAGUUGGCAAAGAGCAGUUAUUGUGGCUCAAUGAUGUCCUCCACAAUGCAUCACUAUGCGGACAAAAUGUCAUUAUAUGCAGUCAUCUCCCAAUGGAUCCUGGUUCAGCUUCAUUUGCAGCUCUCAUGUGGAAUUAUGAUGAGGUGAUGGCUGUUGUUCACCAGUACAAAUGUGUGAAGGCAUGCAUUGCUGGGCACGACCACACAGGAGGUCACUCUUUGGACUCGCAUGGUGUACAUCACCGCACUCUUGAGGCUGCAUUGGAGUGUCCUCCUGGCACCAGUGCAUUCGGGCACAUCAAAGUGUAUCCUGAUAAGCUAUUGCUUGUUGGUUCUGAUAAAAUGGCUGAUACAGAGAUGUGUUUUGAGCUCUAGGGUGAACUUUGUAGUGGAGCAAAUUCAUUCAACUAAGUUGUUUUGACAAACUUAUUGAGAAACAUUUGACUUCAUUACACUCAUUUUUUUGGCAUCAUAAUUACAUGUAAGUAUGUACUGUGGAAACUGGCAAACUUAUGGGACUAAUGCAAUGCUCUAUUUCUUUCCAAAGCUGAUAUAAUAGAGCACAUUAUCUUGAUGUCCUUUUCCUCUGCCUUCCAUUUUAUCCAUGUCAGAGCUUAAUCAUGUAUGAGAUACCUAAUAAUUUGGCUUGUUAAUGUAUCAUUGUUACACA